UGCAAAGUAGUUUAUAUAGAAACAGAAGGAACUGAUGUGUGUUGUUCAAAAAAGUGACUUAAAAUCAUUUAGAUUCUGAAUUUGUUUCCCUUUCACAUGAAUAAAAACAUUUCCACCAUAAAUUGGUGCAGAGGAAUUCAGCAGAACGCAGAAUGUAAGUGUGCAAUGCUCUGGUUCAGCAGGAGUCCCCAGCACCUUUUAACACACAAAACUUUAGAUGACAAACAUUUAAGAAGCCAAGCAGCUUUAAAACGAUCGGCGGUCUUCAUGCAGGUAUUCCUCUGAUUUUCCUUUCUAGUUCUAAAAGUGAAAGUAGAGGUGAGUCCGCAGACAGAGGUCAGGUUUAAAAAGAGAAUCCCAUGUGUUUGUGUACCUGUGCAGGUGAGUUCGGCUCCGUGCGCGAGGCCUUCCUGAAGACGCAAGACUCGUCUGUCCAGAAGGUGGCGGUCAAAGUGCUGAAGA